GAAAAAAAGAAUUAAGAGAGAGGACGGGUAGGAGGGAAGUCUCUGCGAAAGAGGUUUGACCCUCUCUUUCUCUCUUCUUCUCUCCUCGGUUUCACACGCUAUAUUCCUCCUUCCAAACUCUUUCUCUUUCUCAUCUUCUCCAUUAAAUCACCCCUCCUACCUUCAAUCAUUUCUAGGUGUUCUUUUUUUUUUUUUUUUUUCUCUUUCGUUUCCCUUUCGCCUAAAACUUUUCUGUUUUCUCUUGGGUUGUGUUUCCGGAGAGCUUGAUUUUCCAGGAAAACGGGAUUUUCUUUUAUCCUGCAAGAGUUUUGGGUUUUGUCUGUUGCUGGGGAAUUUCGUGGAUGAAUUGAGCUCCAGGGACGUGAGAUUUAAGGGUGGAUCUCGAAUUCCUCGGUGAUUUCAGCGCCAGAUUUGGUCCAUCUGGUGUCCGGAAUUAGUGGAAUUUUUUUAGGGUUUGAUUCAUGGGUAAUUGCUGCGUGACCCCGGUUCCGUCUGAGAAGAAAAAGGGGAAAAAGAAGCAGAACCCGUUUUCUCUCGAUUAUGCGGCGAAUCAGGGAAAUGGUGGGAGCAAGCUCUCCGUGCUGAAAGACCCGACGGGUCGCGAAAUCGAGCUCAGAUAUGAACUGGGUCGCGAGCUCGGUCGCGGAGAAUUUGGAAUUACGCAUCUGUGCACUGAUAAAUCGACCGGCGAUGUGUAUGCUUGUAAAUCGAUAUCAAAGAAAAAGCUUAGGACGGCUGUAGAUAUCGAUGACGUGCGAAGAGAAGUUGAGAUCAUGAAGCAUUUGCCUAAGCACCCCAAUAUUGUGACCUUAAAGGACACUUAUGAGGACGACAAUGCGGUUCAUUUGGUGAUGGAGUUGUGUGAGGGCGGUGAAUUGUUCGAUCGGAUUGUUGCGCGUGGCCACUACACCGAAAGGGCCGCAGCUGCGGUCACCAAGACCAUUGUCGAAGUCGUCCAGAUGUGCCACAAGCAUGGGGUUAUGCAUCGGGAUCUCAAGCCAGAGAACUUUCUGUUUGCCAACAAGAAGGAAACAGCACCCUUAAAGGCAAUUGAUUUUGGACUAUCUGUGUUCUUUAAACCUGGUGAGAGAUUUACUGAGAUAGUUGGAAGUCCUUACUACAUGGCUCCUGAGGUCCUAAAACGGAAUUAUGGCCCAGAAAUUGAUGUGUGGAGUGCUGGAGUUAUCCUCUACAUCUUACUUUGUGGUGUUCCACCUUUUUGGGCAGAAACUGAACAAGGAGUUGCACAAGCAAUUAUCCGGUCUGUUUUAGAUUUCAAGAGGGACCCCUGGCCUAAAGUUUCUGAAAAUGCAAAAGACCUUGUGAAGAAGAUGCUUGAUCCUGAUCCAAAGAGGCGACUUUCAGCUCAGGAAGUACUAGAUCAUCCUUGGUUACAAAACGCCAAGAAAGCUCCAAAUGUUUCUUUAGGAGAAACUGUGAGGGCAAGGCUCAAGCAAUUCUCAAUGAUGAACAAGCUCAAGAAAAGAGCUCUAAGGGUGAUUGCAGAGCACUUGUCAGUGGAGGAAGUGGCUGGGAUAAAAGAGGGAUUCCAACUGAUGGAUACUGGCAACAAAGGCAAGAUCAACAUGGAUGAGCUAAGAGUCGGAUUGCAAAAGCUUGGCCAUCAAAUUCCUGAGCAAGAUCUUCAAAUUUUAAUGGAAGCUGGUGAUGUAGAUGGGGAUGGACAUUUGGACUAUGGAGAGUUUGUAGCAAUUUCUGUUCACUUAAGAAAGAUGGGAAAUGACGACCACCUUCUCAAAGCCUUUGAGUUCUUUGAUCAAAACAACAGUGGGUAUAUAGAGAUUGAAGAGCUAAGGGAUGCCUUAGCUGGUGAACUUGAGUCAAACAGUGAAGAAGUUAUUAAUGCUAUCAUUCAUGAUGUGGACACAGACAAGGAUGGACGGAUAAGUUAUGAUGAAUUUGCUGCAAUGAUGAAGGCUGGCACUGAUUGGAGGAAAGCAUCAAGGCAGUAUUCACGAGAGCGAUUCAAUAAUCUGAGCUUGAAACUAAUAAGGGAUGGAUCAUUGGAAGUUAGGCCAUGAGAAUAGAUGAUUCAAGGAAUGUCAAAAUUUUACUUCAAGGAGAAAUGAAAACUUAAAAACAAGAACAAAUAUUCUAUUUUUGUGGGAGUUUCAAAAUUCUUUUCUUUUUUUAAUUUUUUCUAUCAUGAGAACCUCUGGGAGAGGGUUUAAUUAGGACAGAAGGUGUUCAAUGCCCACCUUCUGAACUGCACUGUGUUGGUUUUUGGGUUUGUUUUGAGUUGGAGAAGGAAAAAGCAAAAAAACAACAAAAGCAAGAAUAGUAGGUGAAGGUUGGAGGAGUUGUUAUAUGUGGAUUGUAUAUACAUGUUAAAUUUGAAACUCUUUUUAUCCAUUUGUUUCAUCAUUUGCCUUUUUA